AGGAGGAGAAGAUGACGCAGAAGCAGAAGCAGAAUCAGAUCGACUGAAUUGUUCCAUCACGUAGACUAAUCGGAGACGCCGGGGAGGAGAUCGAGAUCGAACUCAUCGGAGAGAGAGAGCGCGACGAGAAUGGGGACGCUAGCUCCGGGGCUCUCGAGGAAGCUGAAGAAAGUGUUGGAGUCGCGCACGGACACGCCCGAGGUCCUGGGGUCUCUCAACACUCUCUCCACUUUCUACUCCGACAACACGCCCCAGGCCCGGCGCAACCUCAGAUCCACCAUCGAGAAGCGCGGCCUUGGGAUCAAUCGAGAGUUCCUGCAAGCCUCGGAUACGGUGCAACUAGCAUUGGAUCGAGUGGAGGAAGAGGUCAAUGCGCUCGCCGAGUGCUGCGAUAGGAUAGCAAAAGCAUUGAGCAGUUGCACUGCUAGCACAGGGGACAUCAUCAGUACCACAGAGAGGCUCAAACAAGAAUUAGAAAUGACCACACAGCGGCAGGAGAUCGUGUCACACUUCCUACGUGACUAUCAGCUCUCUAAUGAAGAGAUAAAUGCACUGAGGGGUGAAGAUCUUAACGAGGAAUUCUUCAAGGCCCUUUGCCAUGUUCAAGAAAUUCAUGCUAACUGCAAGUUACUUCUUCGGACACAUCACCAGCGUGCAGGCUUGGAACUCAUGGAUAUGAUGGCUGUGUAUCAAGAAGGGGCCUAUGAGCGCUUGUGCAGGUGGGUUCAGGCAGAGUGCAGAAAAUUGGGUGACACUGAUAAUCCUGAAGUCAGUGAGCUAUUGAGAACGGCUGUUCGCUGCCUGAAAGAGAGGCCGGUGCUUUUCAAAUAUUGUGCAGAGGAGGUUGCUAAUAUGAGACACAAUGCAUUGUUUAGAAGGUUUAUUAGUGCUCUUACACGAGGAGGACCAGGUGGAAUGCCAAGACCCAUUGAAGUACAUGCUCAUGAUCCUCUACGAUAUGUAGGCGACAUGCUGGGAUGGCUACAUCAGUCCUUGGCAUCUGAGAGAGAGCUUGUUCUGGCAUUACUCUAUCCAGAUGCAGUAGUGGAUACUGGGCCAACUGCUACUCGUUUCUCGAAGAACUUAGAAAAUGGUUCUGGGAAAGCAGAAUCCGACAUGACAUUUGUUCUGGAUAGAAUUUUUGAAGGAGUGUGUCGGCCCUUCAAAGUGAGAGUUGAACAAGCCUUGCAAUCUCAACCCAGCCUUAUAGUGUCAUAUAAACUUAGCAACACCCUUGAGUUUUACAGCUACACGAUAUCAGAUCUGCUUGGCCAAGACACAGCUCUCUGUAACACAAUUUGGGCCCUAAAAGAUGCAGCUCAGAGGACAUUUUUUGAAAUUUUGAGAAGCAGAGGAGAAAAGCUAUUGCGUUAUCCUCCACUUGUUGCUAGUGAUCUUUCUCCUCCAUCAGCAGUUAGGGAUGGAGUCUCAGUGUUGCUUGAAAUAAUUGAGACCCACAACAGCAUGAUGGUACCUGCGUCUGCUAAGAAACCCGACUUUGAUCCAGUGAUUUCGGCCAUGCUUGAUCCCAUUAUUCAGAUGUGCGAGCAAGCGGCAGAAGCACACAAAUCAAAAGGAUCUGGUCUUUCAUCAAGACGGAGAAUGAGUUCUGACUCGAGCCAGAUUAGUAAAUCAGCUGUUGAUGCCAUCUUGUCAAAUGGAAGCCCUGCUCCCUCAAUUCAGAAUAGCGAGCGGCCUUCCAAGAUAUUCCUUAUCAACUGCUUAUGUGCCAUUCAACAGCCACUGCUCGGGCAUGCCGUAGCUGCUGAAUAUGUGAAGAACCUGGGAUCCUUGAUAGAUAAACGCUUGCAUGUUCUUGUGGAGAAAGAAGUCGAUGCCAUUCUCAGCAGAUGUGGUUUAUCAGAUAAGAUGCCUCUCUUUCAGGAUGCACUCAACAAGGAGACGAGCAGCUCAACCAGCGGAGCCUGUUUAGCCAAUUCUGAAGAGACAUCUCCGUCCGCUCUGUCAGAUUGUUUGAAGGCCUUCUUUGGCCUUAUUUUGGGAAGUGAGAGUUCUCUUCCUGAAUUCGAGCAGAUGCAAGUGCCGAGGUUGCGGUCCGAAGCUUGUGUUGAGGUGGCUAAGUCCCUGGCAGAAGCAUAUGAUAUCAUUUAUAACGCGAUUAUGGAUCCGAGCAACGGAUACUCCGAUCCCAGAUCGUUGGCAAGACAUCCCCCAGAUCAGAUAAGAACUAUUUUAGGAAUAUGAAUGCAAAACUGAAAUGCUUUCUGUUUAUUUUGAACUUUAGGUAUAUCGAUGUACUUGAUAGUAAAAGUUAAUUCGAUUCAUGAAUAAGCGGUUCUCGUCAA